AUGGCGUUGGCAUGGCCCGCUGUUUUGAUGGGUGAUGUUGUCCUUAUUGAGGGACUAACGCAGGCAGCAUUAUGUGCAGUCGUCAGAUCGGAUACGAUUGUUGCCGUUGGAACGCACGGACGGACGGACGGACAGUUGGAAGGAAGGAAGGACAGUAAAGGGAGGAUGAAGGGAGUGGUGAGCAGUUGGAUGGGAUUAAUGAAUGAACAUACGAAUGAAGAUGGCGGUAUUGAUGGUGAUGCUGAAAAUGAUGAAAGAUCGAGAUUGGAUGGAAAUUUUGAACUGAUUAAACUAGAAAAACCACAGCAAAAUGGGGGAAUCAGAGGAAAAGGACAAGGGACACUGAUCGGAGAGGAAAACAGUAGCCGUAGCAGCAGUAGUACAACUGGAUUUGCAAUGCGUAUGACAACGGAGACGACGACGACAAAGUUCUAG